AUGCUUUCGCUUCCAGGGCCGACCGACCCAACCGGCGGGCAGCGAGGAACAUCCGGGGCCCGUAUGACUCUCCCACCCAAAUCCAACAGCCUUUGCGAAAGUACUAACAAGACGCUGAAUAGGCGCUCGGCACUGACGGAUUUUCUUGCCUCCAACAACAUCGACGCAAACCAAAUCCGUGACGAUCAUGCUCGUCGAGUGGCGGAAUCAGAGCAGCAUGCCAACGAAGAAACCGCUGAAAAUGCAGAGAAUCAAGACCCCGAAUACCAACCCGAGCCCGAAUCGCCCGAAGACAAAGCGAAGAAGCGCAAGCGUCAACAAGCCAUUGAGAAAAUCAAAAGGAGCAAGGAAUUCGCUCGUCGCAAAGCCCGACGAACUGGGGACCCGGACGAUGAUGACGAUAUAUUGGCCAAGCAGAUGAUGGAUGAGAAGUCACGUCCGCUACCUGGCCAAUUGGAGAAUUGCGAGAUCUGUGGCAAACGGUUCACGGUCACACCAUAUAGCAAGACGGGCCCAAAUGGCGGUCUCCUCUGUCCGGAAUGCUCGAAGAACCAAGCCAAUGCGGAAAAGAAAGUGCCUGCCAAAAAGCGCACCCCCGGCAUUGGGCGCCGCCAAAAUCAGGCCAAAAUACUAGAUGGAGUGACCACCCUCGGUGCACAGAGCCUACUUGAGACGUGCAUUAAGAAAGUGGCGGAUAACAUUGCCGACGUCGAAGAAUUUGGUGAUUUGCCUCCGUCAUUGAUGCAUCGUCUCAGUCAAAUCCUGUCCCGCAGAAGAGCAGUCACUUCGAGGAUCUUGAAUUUGUUUCUCCGUCCACAGCAUACGGAGCUUAACAUUUAUGACUGUGCAAGUAUGUGCAACCUCCUUGUUUCUUUUUCUCGGCUUCAAUCAUGGCAGCAUACUAAUAAAUGUACACUAGAUCUUGACACCGAUGAUUAUCAUAAAAUCCUGGCGUCCAUGCCUGCUUUGAACAGGCUGAAUCUCCGCUUUGUCACGCCUAUGAAGAACGAAAUUUUUGAAUACAUGAUUGAACGCGACAUGAAAAUCCGACACCUUCACUUGGACUCCCCAAAUCUGGUGUCUGACGACUGUUGGCGCCAGGUGUUCACCAAAAUCGGUCCACGUUUUCAAAGCGUCAAGCUUUGGAACCUUGAUUCUGCUUUCGACGACGAAACAGCCGAGAUCAUGUGCAAUAACUGCACUGGACUUCAGCGCCUGAAACUCAAAUGGCUCUCCAAAUUGGGCGACCGGGCGUUGGAGGCCAUUUCAAACUUGAAGUCGCUGGAACAUCUCUCGCUCUGCCUUGACCAAGAGACAGACCCGGCACCCCUUCUCAGUAUUAUCAAUGCAGCGGGGCCCAACCUCAAAUCGCUGUCUCUGGAAGGUUUCAAACUUUCUGAGGACCAACUCCUGCAAUCUAUCCACGACAAAUGUCGACAGCUCGUCAAACUCCGAAUCACCAACAACGACUUGUUGACAGAUCAAGCUUUGACUGCACUGUUCCACAACUGGUCCAAUCCCGGUUUGACACACGUCGAUUUUCACGGACUCAGAGAUGUGGACAUGUCGAACCCUGCCGGCCCUCCAAAGCCUGUCGGUCUUGCCUCAAAUGGGUUUGUUGCCUUGAUGGAGCACUCCGGCUCCAAGAUCCAGACGCUGAAUGUCGCAUCAUGCCGUCACAUCUCGCGCGAGGCAUACGAAACUGUCUUUGCAGGAAAUAAACAAUAUCCCCAGCUUGCGUAUCUUGAUAUCUCGUUCAACGAGGUCGCUGUGGAUGAUUACGUUGUACAAAGUAUCUUCCGCUCCUGCCCGGCCUUGACGAGAAUUGUCGUCUUUGGCUGCUUCAAGAUUCGGGAUUUGCUGAUUCCGAAAGGCGUUGCCGUGGUUGGGACCGUAGGCGCAAAGCUUAUGAUCGAUGGGGUUUCAGCAGAUUGA